AUGGCGUCGUUUUUGGAAAAUGCAUACAGUUUGAUCCAUCUGGACAAUACUGCGGAUCAGCCCUCCGUGCAGGAGUUGAAAUUGCAGCUGGAGAAGGGCACCGAUGAGACGAAGUUGGACACAAUGAGACAGAUCAUUACGAUCAUGCUCAAUGGAGAUCCUCUCUCUCAACUCCUGAUGCACAUCAUUCGCUUUGUGAUGCCGUCGCGGAGCAAGCCUCUCAAGAAACUGCUAUAUUUCUACUACGAAAUCUGUCCCAAACUCGACGCGAAUGGCAAGCUCAAGCAAGAGAUGAUCCUGGUGUGUAACGGCAUUCGUAAUGACCUUCAGCACCCCAACGAGUACGUUCGAGGCAACACACUUCGCUUCCUCUGCAAGCUCCGAGAGCCGGAACUCAUCGAACCCCUCCUUUCAUCCGCACGCUCGUGCUUGGAACACCGCCAUGCCUACGUGAGAAAGAACGCCGUCUGGGCCGUCGCCUCUAUUUUCCAGCAUUCGGAAUCCCUCAUCCCGGACGCCCCCGAACUCAUCCAAACAUUCCUCGACACCGAGACCGACGGCACAUGCAAGCGCAAUGCCUUUGCGGCUUUGAUGUCUAUCAGCCACCAGAAGGCCCUGGAAUACCUGGCUUCGACAUUCGACAGUAUUCCGAACACUGAUGAACUCCUUCAGCUGGUGGAGCUUGAAUUCAUUCGCAAGGAUGCGGUCCAGAACACGCAGAACAAGGCGAGAUAUUUGCGAUUGAUCUUCGAUCUUCUUGAUGCGUCGACGAGCACCGUCAUUUACGAAGCUGCGACGUCCCUCACGGCACUCACCAGUAACCCCGUUGCUGUGAAGGCUGCAGCGGGCAAAUUGAUUGAACUUGCCAUUCGGGAGGCCGACAACAACGUCAAGCUGAUCGUUCUCGAUCGGGUUGACCAACUACGGAUUCGCAAUGAGGGUGUUCUAGAUGAUCUCACCAUGGAGAUCCUGCGUGUUCUCACGAGUCCGGAUAUCGACGUUCGACGCAAGGCCUUGAGCAUUGCGCUGGAAAUGGUCACCAGCAAGAAUGUGGAAGAGAUCGUCAUGCUCCUCAAGAAGGAACUUGCAAAGACGGUUGACGAGCAGUAUGAAAAGAACAGCGAAUAUCGUCAACUCAUUAUCCAGUCUAUUCACACCUGCGCCAUCAAGUUUUCGGAAAUUGCCGCCAGCGUGGUCGACCUUCUGAUGGACUUCAUUGCGGACUUUAACAACAACUCGGCCGUCGACGUUAUUUCUUUCGUCAAGGAGGUCGUGGAGAAAUUCCCCGGGUUGCGGGCCUCUAUCGUCGACCGCUUGGUGUCCACAUUGAGCGAGGUCCGUGCCGGCAAGGUCUACCGUGGCGUUCUGUGGGUCGUCGGAGAGUACUCCCUGGAGGAGAAGGAUAUCCGUGAGGCUUGGAAGCGUAUCAGAGCCAGCCUGGGCGAAAUCCCUAUUCUGGCAUCGGAGCAGCGUCUGCUCGAAGAAGUUCCCGACGAGCAUGUGAUCCAAGAACAAGUCAACGGCCAUUCUAAGUCAUCGGCGCCCUCGGGGUCGCGAAAGGUCCUGGCCGACGGUACUUAUGCGACUGAGAAUGCCCUGACCAGCCAGUCUGCAGCGGCCGCCAGGCUCGAGGCCGUCAAGGCUGCCCAAAAACCUCCUCUCCGUCAACUCAUCCUGGACGGCGAUUUCUACUUGGCUACGGUUCUUUCUUCCACACUGACCAAGCUGGUGAUGCGCCACUCCGAGGUUUCUCAGGAUGCCGCUCGAACUAACGCUCUGCGUGCGGAAGCGAUGCUGAUCAUGAUCUCGAUCAUCCGUGUUGGCCAGUCUCACUUCGUCAAGGCCCCCAUCGACGAAGACUCCGUGGACCGCAUCAUGUGCUGCGUGCGCUCUCUCGCCGAAUUCUCGCAGAAGAAGGAUCUGGAGACCUCCUUCCUGGAAGACACGCGGAAAGCGUUCCGUGCGAUGGUCCAGGUCGAGGACAAGAAACGGGAGGCAAAGGAAGCCUCCGAAAAGGCCAAGAGCGCCGUCCAGAUCGACGACGCCAUCCCCAUCCGCCAAUUCACCAAGAAGAACGAAGCAGAGGGCGCAGAGGAGAUCGAGCUCGACCUCGCCAAGGCCACCGGCGGUGACUCGACAGUGGAAACUGUUUCUUCGAAACUGAGCCGGGUGGUGCAACUGACUGGCUUUUCGGAUCCCGUCUACGCCGAAGCCUACGUCACCGUUCACCAGUUUGACAUCGUACUUGAUGUGCUUCUGGUCAACCAGACCCUGGAGACCCUGCAGAACCUGUCGGUCGAGUUCGCCACUCUGGGAGAUCUGAAGGUCGUCGAGCGACCGGCCACGCACAACCUCGGACCCCGCGAUUUCUUGAACGUGCAGGCUACGAUCAAGGUGUCGUCGACGGAUACCGGGGUGAUCUUCGGUAACAUCGUGUACGACGGCGCCAGCUCGACGGAAACGCACGUUGUCAUCCUGAACGACAUCCAUGCCGACAUCAUGGACUACAUCCAGCCCGCCCACUGCACCGAGACCCAGUUCCGUACGAUGUGGACCGAAUUCGAGUGGGAGAACAAGGUGAACAUCAACUCCAAGGCGAAGGAUCUCCGCGAAUUCCUCAAGCAGCUCAUGGAGAGCACCAACAUGGCCUGCUUGACACCGGACGCCUCGCUGAAGGGCGAUUGCCGCUUCUUGAGUGCUAACCUAUAUGCCCGGAGUGUAUUUGGCGAGGACGCUUUGGCGAACCUGAGCAUCGAGAAGGAGGGCGAUGACGGGCCGAUCACCGGUUUUGUGCGGAUAAGAAGUCGGUCGCAGGGACUGGCGCUGAGCCUGGGAUCCCUCAAGGGCCUCAAGGCUUCGACCGCGUAA